AUAGCAUCAGUUCGCAUUGCAAGCAUCACCUCCAGGAUUAAAGGUCAUCAUGUAUAUGAACACAAGUACAAAGUUGGAGAGGAGUUCUCAUGCUUUUUGGAGUUCGGUAAUCCCCACAGUCCUAGUGACAAUGCUUUUAUGGUGAAAACAAGAGUUGAAGAUACCGAUAAGAAUGAAACUGUUGUAGGCCAUAUUCCGAAACCCCUGGCACAGAUUUUAGGCCCCAUGCUAAAAGAUGGAACAGUUCAUUCUAUCAUUGCAAAGAUAACAGGUGAAAAGCGAAGAGCACCAGAAAGAGUUUGGGUGCAGGGUGGCGGAAUAGAGCUUCCCUGCAAGUACUUUGUCUAUGGGCUGAAAACAUCCAAGCAAAGAGUGAAGCAUGAACUUCGGAAACAUAAAUAA